CUGCGUCACUGUGAUGCAGAACUGUGUUACAUCAGUCUGUUCCCAGCACAGUGACAGUUACGCACGUGAGUUCAGCAAGAACCGGGGAAAGAGCUGCUUCAAUCCAGAGUGGGAAAACUACUAAAUAAGCCAAGAUGACAACCGUCGAAUACGAAGACAAUGAAUCAAAGUUCUUACGGAAAGCGAAAGAGAAUCCAUUUGUCCCUGCAGGGAUGGCUGGGUUCUUUGCCAUUGUGGCAUACAGACUGUACAAACUAAAGACUAGAGGCAAUACCAAGAUGUCAGUCCACCUCAUUCACAUGCGUGUAGCUGCUCAGGGUUUUGUAGUGGGAGCGAUGACUUUAGGAGUGGUCUAUUCCAUGUUCAAAGACUACAUUCUAAAGCCAGCCGAGGAGCAGAAAGCAUUGGAGCAAAAGGCUUUGGGAAAAAAGUGAAGAGAAGUGUGUUACACCCUGAUAUACCUUUAAUACCACCUCAUAUUAAGGUGUUCCUCAGUAUUUAUUACUUGCAUCAUUUAGGACUUCUUUUUUUAAAUGCGUUCAAACUUUUUUCUUCUAUAACUUAAUAAACUUCGGAAAACAAGGUUAGCUCAUACAUAUUUUGCCUUAUGUCUGUGUUUAUGAAAUAUCUUUUAAAUGAAACAUUGUAUGUGAUGGAAUGGGGAAUAUCAGCUAUUUUACAAAGCCAGAAGAGAAACUGAUGGUUGAACCAAACAUGAUGGUAUAAAAUGGUUAUUAUUUUAUUUUGUCUUGAAUUUAGAAUUAUUGUAUUUCUAUAUGUAAAACUUUACAACACGUGUAUCACAGUAAGUGAGGACCUCACUGUUGCUAAAUUAUUAACAGUACUAGUUGUUAGUUCAUGUAGUGUUGUUGUCACAAAGAGGAUAUUAGGAACUUGAACCAACCUUCAUAUUUUAUUCAGAAUUAUUUUAAUAUAUGUGUGUGUGUGUGUGUGUGUGUGUGUGUGUGUGUGUGUGUGUGUGUGUGUGUGUGUGUGAGCGUGUAUUUAUCACUUUGUGGGGAUCAAAUGUCCCCAUAAGGAUAGUAAAACCCGAAAUUUUUGACCUUGUGGGGACAUUUUGUCGGUCCCCAUGAGGAAAACAGCUUAUAAAUCAUACUAAAUUAUGUUUUUUGAAAAUGUAAAAAUGCAGAAAGUUUUCUGUGAGGGUUAGGUUUAGGGGUAGGGUUAGGUUUAGGGGAUAGAAUAUAAAGUUUGUACAGUAUAAAAACCAUUAUGUCUAUGGAAAGUCCCCAUAAAACAUGGAAACACAACUGUGUGUGUGUGUGUGUGUGUGAGAGAGAGAGAGAGAUUUGGCAGAGUGAGUGUAGAGUGUUAUUUGGUGGAUUGAUUAAUUUAGCCGUUAUAAGACAAGUUUUGCACCUUAUGUUUCAUAUUUCAAAUCAACAACAUUUUUAUUUUUAGAGUGACUAUUUUUGAAGAUCUCUGCUACAAUUGUUUAUCUUUGCCAAAAGGAUAGAAAUAGUAAUACAAAUAAACAUAACCAGUUGAUUUAAUGCUCAUGGGUUCUUUUUUAUGUAUGUGAUGUUGAAUAUGUGUGUGUCUUUCUCAAUCCAGCCCUUGGAGUCCUCCAGCAAUGCGCAUAUUAUUGCUGUGUGUGACACCCAAAAAAUAAAAUUCUGUCAAUUCCUCAUCCACAAAAAAUUAUGUUUAGUUGCACGUUCAUGCUGCUUUUGUCUACAAAUGAAAAGAUUUGCUGUAUUAAAGCAGUGGAAACAGCUGUACUUUUCAAAUCUUAUUUGCUUUAAAGUUUUUGUUUUUGUCAUACGAUUUUACAGGUCAGAGUUCACCAAACAUGAACUUAAAGGAAUAUUCUGGGUUCAAUACAAGUUAAGUUCAAUCAACACCAUUUUUAUUUGGUUUAAUUUAGUUAUUCAAUCUCUUAAUCCUCUAAAUGUCUAACCCGUUAACCAGUUUAAUGACUCUGCCCCAUCGUGAAAAAUUCAAUUAUGCCCUCCUUCAUUUGAUCAGCAGUUGCCAUCAUUGCUGUCUUGAGAUUGGUCUGAGCAGUGGUGGAUGGAGUUAGUGUAAAUAGCCUCUGCCAACAAGAUGGGCUAUUUGCACUUAGUGUAAAUAGACACUCCGUUAUAGGCAUUAACCUAUUUUGUGGCACAAUAAUGUACAUAUAAACUGUUUAGCAUUUAACUAUUUCUCUAACUGCACUGCCAAAGAUCCGAUUAAGGAAACUUUUAUAUUAUUACUGUUAUAUUGCAUA